CAGUCGUCCUUUUUCCGACAGCAGUCUAAAGCAGCAUUAAGACCUUUAGUGGUAACGUCGCUCGGAGGAAACAAAGUAAGGGGAAACAAAUAUGAGACGCCCGGCAAAUUUAAUAACCGUGUUUCUAACAACAGCUAUUCUUCUACUUUGCCUGCUUUCAGCCAGAGGUGACUACUGUGAGGUGAAUCUUUGUCAUAAUGGAGGAACAUGUGUGACAGGGGUAGGAGCUGAUUCCUUCACCUGCAUCUGUGCAGAUGGCUUUGCUGGAGACACCUGCAACCUGACAGAGACAGGACACUGCAGCCCUAACCCUUGUAAGAACGAUGGGCUGUGCGAGGUCAUUGCUCCAACCAGACGAGGAGAUGUUUUCAAUGAGUACAUCUGCAAGUGCCAGCCCGGUUUUGAAGGCGUGCACUGCCAGAUUAAUGUAAAUGACUGUGCCAACCAGCCCUGUAAGAAUGGAGGGACAUGCAGAGACGCUGAUGGAGACUAUACCUGCCAGUGCCCCUCACCUUAUGUUGGAAAGCAGUGCCAGCUACGUUGCAUUUCUCUUCUGGGGAUGGAGGGAGGUGUAAUCAAGGAGUCGCAGAUUUCUGCUUCUUCUGUGCACUACGGCAUUUUGGGUCUCCAGCGCUGGGGCCCGGAAUUGGCUCGUCUCAACAACCAAGGCAUUGUCAACGCCUGGACGUCAGCCACCCAUGACAAGAACCCCUGGAUGGAGAUAAAUAUGCAGAAGAAGAUGCUUCUGACAGGCAUCAUCACCCAGGGCGCGAGUCGCAUGGGCACGUCUGAGUACAUCAAGGCCUUCAAGGUGGCAAGCAGUCUUGAUGGAAACACUUACACCACAUACAGAGUGGAUGGCCACCACACAGACAAGGUUUUUGUAGGCAACACGGAUAAUGACAGCACAAAGACCAACCUUUUUGACCUUCCAAUCUUGGCCCAGUAUAUCCGCAUCAUCCCUGUGAUUUGCCGCCGGGCGUGCACGCUGCGCAUGGAGCUGGUGGGCUGUGAACUCAAUGUUUAUUCAAACCCGGCAGGUUGCUCUGAGCCUCUGGGAUUGAAGUCUCGCCUCAUCUCCGAUGGGCAGCUUUCAUCUUCCAGCUCUUUCAAAACGUGGGGCAUUGAUACUUUCACGUGGCACCCUCAAUUUGCCCGACUGGAUAAGCAGGGGAAGACAAAUGCCUGGUCUCCUGCCCAUAACAACCGCUCAGAGUGGAUCCAGGUUGAUCUAGAGAAGACAAAGCACCUCACAGGCAUCAUCACGCAGGGGGCCAAGGACUUUGGGGUUGUGCAGUUUGUGUCAGCAUUUAAAGUUGCUUACAGUAAUGAUGGAGAGUCAUGGAGCAUAGUGAAGGACGAGAACACCGGCAAUGAUAUGCUUUUUCAAGGCAACACUGACAACAACACCCAUAAGAAGAAUCUAUUUGAGCCUUCGUUUUACGCCAGAUAUGUCCGUGUUUUCCCCUGGGAGUGGCAUGAGCGCGUCACUCUACGCAUGGAGCUGCUGGGCUGUGAUAACUAGAAACUCACCAAUUACCAUUUACCAGUAAAACCUCUUCAUCCAGCCACUGCAUCUUCCCAGAGAAUGGAUCUAAACCUGAAUCCACAGAGAUCAUAUUUGCCGAAUAGCUUGGACUUUAACACUUUUAGCACUUUCUGACAAGUGAGGUUUUUAUGUUUGUUAAUAAAAUUGUGCAGCUUGUAUCUGCUCACAGAGUACUGCACAUGAAAUGAAAGGAAUGGACUGAGGUACGUGACCGGGACUAAGUUAAGUUUUUGAAUAUUACCAGUGAUCUUUUAUGACUCAAACCUUACUUACUCUUGUAUAUUGGGACAUAAGAUUCUUUAGAGGAGGCCGAAACCUUUGCUUUCAGUUUGUGUCCGUUGCAUUAAGCUAUAGUACUAAAACCAAAUGAAGUUACUGUCAAAAAGGUAGUAGCUUUUGUUGGCAUCAAACCUGUACUUUACCCAAUGAAAGACUGUAUAGGAGUUGGAGGGGCCGAUUGACAGAAAAUGAAUUAAGCUGCUGGGAAAUCAGGAGAAACAAUCAUCAAAUUGCUAAGGUCAUAGUUAUAUAGGACUAUAUAGGCUGAUUUUAUUUAAAAUAAACCUACAAUUUUGCCCCCUGAAUCUAUUUUCAUAAUGUGAUGAAGCCUCUAUGCACCAGUAGUCCCACUACUGAGAUCCUCUCAGGACUGUUUUAUCCAACCAAACAGGCCUAUUCAGUUUUACUGUCGUAUGACAAAAAGGAAGACACCACUGGCCAAGGAUGGAAGCAGCUGAUGUUGCAACAGCAAAUCUAUUUUAAUGGAAAAAACAAUGACUGACACAAAUAACUGCCCAGAGUCCGACAGAGCAGUGAACAGGAGCCUGUUUGUGGUCAGACAAUGUGGACACCAUAUCCUCCCAGCAGUCUACAGCUUUUGAUUAUGAAUCAGAAACUCUGCAGAUAGGACAUCUGAAUUAAUGCUGAUCUUGAAAUUAAUUCCUUGAUAUAAACUGUAACAUUGUGAUUGAAUUAAAUAAAACCCAUAAAAAUCA